AUGAUGGUUAUCCGGCGAGAGCGCAGGAUGCUGACGCACUUGCCCACCUGGACCAACCUACCAUUUAUCGGCAACGCGCACAAGUUCUUCUGGGACAGAAGAAAUUUGUUCAAAUAUUAUAAAAGGGUCUCUGAGACGAUUGAAGCAACAAAGGUGCCGUUUGCGGCACGGCUUGGUACCAAAUAUUUUGUGGUCCUUUCAGAUCCAGAGGAAGUGCGGACUGUAUCGACGACCAAUUUAAACAAAGCGUACAUUUAUAAUUUCACACAUAAAAUCAUAGGCCACGGUCUUAUAACUGCGCCUGGCAAUCUUUGGAAGCACAAUGUGAAGAAGCUACGCAGUGCAUUCAGACCAAGCAAUGUCGACGCCUUUCAGGCGAUAUUCAACGAUCAGUCUAGGGAGUUGAUCAAAAGCCUGGAGACCGAAGUUGACGGCGGCCCAUUCGAACUUCAACACAAACACCUCACCAACGUAACCCUCAGAGCUGUUUCUCAAUCCGCCCUCGGUGUAUCUGCUGAUGGUGACAUAAACGGUCUGCAAUAUUACGGAAAAGUUUCCGAGAAUGAUUCGACAAGGUCGUUCAUUGACAUUCUGUUGGAGAUGAGGGAAACGGAUUCCACACUGACUGAAGAGCAGAUCAAAUCCGAAGUUACUACGGUUCUACUGGCGGGCCAGGAGACCACCGCGGUUACUGUUAAUUUCAUUUUACUCAUACUCGGAUGUAGACCGGACGUUCAGAGGAAAUUGUAUAAAGAAAUCCGCCACGUAUUUGGUGACAUAAAGCGCCCCGUAUCAAAGGAAGACCUCGGCCGCUUGGUCUAUUGCGAGGCUGUCAUCCACGAGACGUUGCGUUUGUAUCCGCCGGUGCCGGCUGUUCUGCGUUACGUCGACCACGAUGUCGAGCUCAAUUCCUGUACAAUCCCUGAGGGAACGACGUGCAUUUUCAAUAUUUGGGGCAGUGGACGCUCUAAACACAUUUGGGGCCCUGACGCCCUGCUGUACAAGCCCGAGCGAUGGCUGGACCCUUCGACGGCCUCUAAGCAUGUCAACGCCUUGCUGAAUUUCAGCGUAGGCAAGCGGGUUUGCAUAGGCAGACGUUACGCCAUGAACUUCAUUAAGACGAUGCUGGUGCAUUGCUUGAGGGAGUACGAGUUUGUUUCGGAGGCCGACAAGAUGACGUUACAAAUGGAUGUUUUAUUGCGACCGACGAGCGGGAAUCUGUUGCGAAUACGGUGUAGAGGGUAUAAUUUGGAAGCA